AUCUGAACAAAACAUAAGUAAUAAAGAAGACCAUUUAGAUAGCAGAAGCGAUAAUGAGUCCCAAGACAUAACUAUGUCAAAUAACAUAAAUGGAGAGGACCAACUUGAUGGCGCUGAUGAGGUUAAAGAGGUUAAAAGGCGUGGGAAGACAAAACUUAUUAAUGUUUGGAACAUUCCAAGAGGCCAUAGGGUUGUAGUUAACUGUAAUGAGCUGAAUCAGCCUAUCGGAGAAGAGGCAGGAGUCCUUGCAAAAUUCCUUGGCAUGGUUGCUAGGAAUGGCUCCUUGUGUAGCUUAAGCUUCAAGGAUUGGAGACUACUUAUAGGAAAGAAAGAUAGGAACUAUAAACAAAUCAAUAAGGAGGCCAUUCUUAAUCAAGUAAAGAAGAGAUUUCUUUACCCUGCCCGCAUGGAAACAUGGGUGCUGCGAACAAUUGGAGAGAGAUGGAGGCAACACAAGUCCAAUUUGAAAUCCAUUUAUUUUGACCCACAUAAGAGUCAGGAUGCUAAUAAUAGUAAUGCUCCUGAUGGUGUAUUAGCUGAUCAGUGGGUUGCGCUUGUCAAUAAUUGGAUGACCCCUAAAGCACAGGAUUUAAGUGAGGCCAAUAGGAUAAAUUGUACAAGAAGAAAGUCAAUGCAUACAUCUGGAACAAAAAGCUUUGCUCGGAAUAGAGAAGAAUUGAGGGAACAAGAUCCUGAAAAGAAAUACCCUCAUAGGGCUGUUUUGUAUAUCCAUACACACAAGUCUAACAUCGGCAAUAACAGAAAUGCACAUGUGGGCUAUCCAGAUGCUCCUUUAUCGCCACCAACAGAUGUUCGUCCUGCUAUAAAACGACAAAGUGUCACUUCUAUUGAAAUCUUCAAUAUUUAG